CCCACUGCUUCCGCGUCUUCUUCCCGAAUCCCCAGGUCCUCUGCUUAGCCUGAGUCCCCGACGAGCUCGGGUACCCGGGAUAUUCCUCCGGAGGACGGCGGGUCACCCUGGUGGCCCAAAACGAUGUGUUCUUUUUUGCAAUGGGGAUGGAAGAGUGGUUUAAAAUAUAAUUCCAGGGCUUGGCCUUUUGGAUGCUACCUGGGAAAAGAAACAGGGAAGAUUUCUUCUAAUAUGGUUGCAGAAAGACUGUGUCUUCUCUGCUGCAUGAGGCCCAAGUGGCUGUGUCUCAGAUCUGUCUCCCUGUGACCUACACCUGCUGAGAUCCAUAGGAAGGAUGUCUGGACUCCUCAGAAGGCAGGAAGUGACCUUAGUGGCCUUUGAGGAUGUGGCUGUGAACUUCACCCAGGAGGAGUGGGCUCUGCUUGAUCUUUCCCAGAAGAAUCUCCACAGAGAUGUGAUGCAGGAAGUCCUUAGAAACCUGGCUUCUAUAGGAGACAGAUGGGAAGACCAAAAUGUUGAAGAUCAGAACACAAAUCCUGGGAGAGAUGUAAGGCAUAUCAUAUCUCACUGUGCAAACAAAUCAUAUAAGAAUGAGGAGUGUGGAGGGAAGCCAUAUGAAGUUAAACAGAACAGGAAAUCCUUCAUUUCUCUCACAAGUGUUCAAAGACAAGUGUCAGUGCAUGAUGUCAGUGGACCUUAUGGAUAUUUGACGUGCAGAAAAGAGUUCAAUUGUUUCAGGAGUUUUGAAAAAUGUGGACAAUCUCAUACUGGGGAGAAGAUAUAUGGAAGUAAGCAACCUGGGGAAGACUUAACUUGUUCCAGUUCCCUUCGAAAGUAUAAUAGAACACAUACUGGAGAGAAUCCUUACCAAUGUGAAAAGUGUGGGAAAGCCUUUGCUAGAUCCAGUCACCUUUGUUCACAUAAAAAAUCUCAUACUCUAAAGAAGCCCUAUGAAUGUAAACAAUGUGGAAAAACCUUCCCCUGGCCCUCUUCCCUUCAAGUACAUGAACGAACUCAUACUGGAGAGAAGCCUUUUAAAUGUAAACAAUGUGGGAAAGCCUUUGCUAGAUCCAGUCACCUUCGUGCACAUGAAGAAACUCAUUCUGCAGAGAAGCCCUAUGAAUGUAAACAGUGUGGGAAAGCCUUUGCUACAUCCAGUCGCCUUCGCGCACAUGAAAAUACUCAUACGGUAAAGAAGCCCUAUGAAUGCAAAGAAUGUGGAAAAGCCUUCGCUUGGCCGUCUUCCCUUCAAAUACAUAAACGAACUCAUACUGGAGAGAAGCCUUUUAAAUGUAAACAAUGUGGGAAAGCGUUUGCUACAUCCCGUCACCUUCCCUCACAUGAAGAAACUCAUACUGCAGAGAAGCCCUAUGAAUGUAAACAGUGUGGGAAAGCCUUUGCUGCAUCCAGUCAUCUUCAUGCACAUGAAAAAACUCAUACUAUUAAGAAACCCUAUGAAUGCAAACAAUGUGGAAAAGCCUUCCGCUGGCCCUAUUCCCUUCAAAUACAUAAACGAACUCAUACUGGAGAGAAGCCCUAUAAAUGUAAAAAAUGUGGGAAAGCCUUUGGUAGAUCUAGUUACCUUCGCUCACAUGAAGAAACUCAUACUGUAGAGAAGCCCUAUGAAUGUAAACAAUGUGGGAAAGCCUUUGCUACAUCCAGUCACCUUCACUCACAUGAAAAAUAUCAUAGUAUAAAGAAGCCCUAUGAAUGCAAACAAUGUGGGAAAGCCUUCCCCUGGCCCUCUUCCCUUCAAAUACAUGAACGAACUCAUACUGGAGAGAAGCCCUAUGAAUGUAAACAAUGUGGGAAAGCCUUUAGUUGUUCCACUUAUCUUCAUGUGCAUGAACAGACUCACAUUGGAGUGAAGCCCUAUAAAUGUAAAUAAUGUUUAAAAGCCUUCACUUCUUCCUCUUCCCUUCAAAUACAUAAACAAACUCAUAUUGGAGAGAAGCCCUAUGAAUGUAAACAAUGUGGAAAAGCCUUCCCCUGGCCCUUUUCCCUUCAAACGUGAACAAACUCAUAUAAAUGUAUACAAAUAUAAAUAAAUUUAAACAAAGCCUUUAUUUUACCCCUAUCUUCAUGUGCAUGAACAGAUUUACAUUAGAAAGAAGCCCUAUGAAUUAAACAAUGUGGGAACACCUUCACCUGGUCCUCUCACCUUCAAAUACGUAAACACUCAUACUGGAGAGAAGCCCUAUCAGGGUAAACAAUGUGGGAAAGACUUUGCAUCAUCCAGUUACCUUCACUCACAUGAAAUAACUCAUACUGUAAGGAAGCCCUAUGAAUGUAAACAAUGUGGGAAAGACUUUGUAUUAAGCUCUCAGCUUCACAAACAUAAAAGAACUCAUAUAAGAAAGAAGCCCUAUGAAUGUAAACAACCUUGAAGAGGUUUGGCUAUAUUCAGUCAGCUUCACUCACAUGAAUGAACUUAUAUAGGAAAUGAGACCUAUGAAUGUAAACAAAGUGAGAAAGCCUUCACUAGCUCCUCUUACCUUCAAAUACAUAAUUAAACUCAUACUGGAGAGAAGCCCUAUGAAUUUAAGCAGUGUGGCAAAGCCUUCACACAGUCCAUUCCACUUCAUCCACAUGAACAAAUUCAUACAGGAAAGAAUGUUAUGAAUGUAAACAACAUGGGAAAGGCUUUGCUUCAUUUGAUGGCUUUUAGUCCCAUGAAAAAACUGAUACUGGAGAGAAGCCUCAUGUAUGUAAGCAUUGUGGUCAAACUUAGUUUUACCAUUCAUCUUCACAUGCAUGAACAGACUUACCCUGGAGAGAAGCUCUAUGAAGAUAAAUAAUGUAUUAAAAUUUUCAUAUUUUCUCCCUUUUCCUAAAAUAUAAGUGAACAAUCUCAUAGAGGAGAAAGACCCUAUGACGUAAGUGUUGUGGUAACAACUUCAAUAGUUUGGCUUCUUCAAAUACAUAAGAAAACUCAUAAUGGGAAAAAACAUUAUGAAUGUAUACAAGGAAAGCCUUUACUUCUUCCUGUGGGUUUUACAUACAUAUAUUUAUUCUAAAGAAGAGUCAUUUGAAUGUAAACAGUAGGGCAAAACAUUUACAAGUUGUGAUUGUCUUCAUGUACAUGAAAUAAAUCAUACUGGAGAGAGGCCUCUUGAAUAUAAACAGUGUGGUACACCCUUUGCUUAUUCCAAUUCAGUUUGAAAACACCAGAGAACUCAUACUGCAGAGAGCCUGUAUGAAUGUAAACAGUCUGGAAAAGUUUAGUACUUCCACUCACCUUCAAGAACAGAUGCACUUAUACUGCUGAGCAAGUAUAAUGUAAGCAAUGCCGGAAAGGUUUCACUUAUUGUUAUCAGCUUUAAAUCAUAAAUUCAUACUGGAUAGAAGUAUUAUGGCUGUCAAAAUGUGUGAAAGCCUUUAAUUGAUCUUUCUACCUUCAAAUACAAGGACAAACACACUGGUGAGUGUUAUGGUUUGAGUCUAAUCAAUAUAGAUUAUAGAUUGUAGAUAUAAGAUAUUGAUAAGCAGAAUAAAUAAGAUAAAAAAAUAAGUACUAUGGGAUAAAUAAUGUUAAAUUGCCCUGUAAUAAGUUAGAAGUAAGCAUAGAACAUAAGUUCAUUAGGAGUAAGCCUAAGUAAUAGUAGUAAAUCAUGUAAUUGUAAGAUUUAGGAUUUAAGCUACAGGAAAUAAAAUAUAGAACAGUGUGAGGUGAUAAAUCAGUAGGCCAGUAGAGUUAUAGAUAAACAGAUAUAGAUAAGGUUAAAUCAAUAUAGCCAUAGACAAAUAUAGAUUGGUAUAGCCAUAAUGACUCAAUUUUUAUAACUCCUCUAUGAACUCUCAUAUAAGUUAUUUUUAAGAUGCUAAAAAAAAAAAUUUUGUUUUUCUGUACUUGAGCACAGGAUGUAAACCCAUAAAUGUUCUCGAACCCAGGAUGUAGUUGUCUGUUUUUGCUCCCUGCUUUCUCAGCACUUGUAUCCUGCUUGCUUACAACUUGCAGAUUCUGUAGGAUGUGGUUUUCUUCCUUAAAUACUCUGGCCACAGACAAUUUGAAGCUGUUCUCCCAUAGGGUUGCUUGGACUCUGUUAGGGGUCUCUGGCCAGAUAAUAAAGACUCUCAAAUUUUCUUUAAA